GUAGCGGACUUCUCGAUCUACGCACCCACCAUAAAUAUAUACCCUCGCCCUACGCUUCUCUACAAGCUGUCAAUUCAUUUUGGUUCCUUUGAAUUUUCCUUCUAUCUACGGUAUCACUGUGAUAGUACGAAAUGAAGGCAGCUAUAUUGAGAUCUCUUCUCAGGAAGAGCUCUACAGUAGCUCCAUCAUCAUCGUAUGUAUUGCGCCGUGGCUUUUCAUCGGAGUUGGCGCCUGAGAGGAAAGUCGCCAUUCUUGGAGCCGCCGGUGGGAUCGGCCAGCCGCUGUCUUUGCUGAUGAAGCUGAACCCGCUCGUCUCUAAGUUAGCCCUUUACGAUAUCGCCGGCACCCCCGGGGUCGCCGCUGACGUCAGCCACAUUAACACCAGAUCUGAGGUGACUGGGUACAUGGGAGAUGACCAGCUAAAACAGGCUCUGGAGGGAUCAGACGUUGUCAUUAUUCCAGCUGGUGUCCCCAGAAAGCCUGGUAUGACCCGUGAUGAUCUCUUCAACAUUAACGCUGGCAUUGUCAAGUCUCUUUGCUCUGCCAUUGGCAAGUAUUGCCCAAAUGCACUUGUCACUAUGAUUAGCAACCCGGUGAACUCCACUGUCCCAAUUGCUGCUGAGGUCCUCAAGGGAUUAGGAGUAUAUGAUGAGAAGAAACUGUUGGGCGUGACCACACUUGAUGUGGUUAGGGCCAAGACAUUCUAUGCUGGCAAGGCCAAAGUCAAUGUGGCGGAGGUCAAUGUACCUGUUGUUGGUGGUCAUGCAGGCAUAACGAUUCUUCCAUUGUUUUCACAGGCCUCACCAAGAGCCAAUUUGUCUGAUGAAGACAUUAAAGCGCUCACGAAAAGAACACAAGAUGGUGGAACAGAAGUCGUCGAAGCUAAGGCCGGAAAGGGAUCAGCUACCCUCUCAAUGGCUUAUGCAGGGGCUAUAUUUGCUGAUGCUUGCUUGAAAGGACUUAAUGGAGUCCCGGAUGUAGUGGAAUGUUCGUUUGUGCAGUCAACAGUCACCGAGUUACCCUUCUUUGCAUCCAAGGUGAGACUUGGGAAGAAUGGUGUUGAGGAAGUCCUAGGUUUGGGGCUGCUUUCUGAAUUCGAGCAGCAAGGCCUAGAAGCUCUCAAGCCUGAGCUAAAAUCCUCCAUUGAAAAGGGAAUCAAGUUUGUCCAUCAGAGUUGAAAUGGCUUCUAUGGUACUCCAUUUCAUCAUUAAGAACUCGACACAAUUUUGCAUUCUUUAUUGCCAAAGUUAAAUUUUUGAAGUUGCCCAUGCUGCUAGAGAGACUAGUCCUUGCGAAAUGGGCUUAGAGCACAUUACUUAAAAUAAUACCGGCUAGAUAACCAAGUUGUUCACCUAUGAGCUACAUUUGCUUGGUUAUGUCUAGUUGCUUAGUGUGUAAUGUUAUUCACUUGCGGGUGGUUGUGUGUUAUUGACACUUUCGAGUGUUGGAAAAUAAUCUAGUUGCUUUUCAUAUCAAUUUGCAAACACGGCUCAAUAAAGCUCGAAAGCUGUCCUCCA